ACACCAACAACCCUCGAGAUGUUCUCCAAGCUCGCCAUCACCGCCGCCCUGUCCGCACUCCUUGCGGUCGCCACUGCCCUCCCGGCCCCCAAGGACGGCGACUCCGGUGGCAAGUGCAACACCGGCGAGAUCCAUUGCUGCAACACCGUCGGCCGCUCGGACGACUCGUCGUUCACCAAAUACCUCACCCCGCUCGUCCAGGAGGCCAUCAAGGACCUCACUACCGUCAUCGGCGUCGACUGCGACCCCAUCACCGUCAUCGGCGCCACCCUCGCGGGCACCUGCUCCGCGCACCCCGUGUGCUGCGAGAACAACUCUACCGGCGGCCUCGUCAACAUCGGCUGCGUCCCCGUCACCGCCUGAUCGGCGGGACCCCACCGCGCUCCGCAUCAUCGCCUCCAUUAAGCCUCACACCGGGGUAUUCAGUGGUGGCUGUUCGAUCAAUCUGGGGAAGGAGGCGGAGAAGGAUUGCUUGCUUGCCCCGUGCCCGUGCUGUUAUUGUUAUAUUGUCGGUCGUAGUCGAGCGAAUCUACGACAAGUGCCCUC